CGUGCUCCCUCACAUACGAAUCGAAUCCACCCAGAAAAAAAAAACGAAAUGAGACCCUGGACGAACACCAUCGUUGCUCUUCUGUUCAUGGGAGCUGCUGGGGCUACCGGUAUUGGACCUUGCUAUAAUCACGCAGAUCCUCAACACAAUAUCGGCAACUACUGUUAUUGUCAAAGAAACGGUGUCUGUUACUUCGAGGGCAUACAUAACUCGUGCGACCCUCCUGGGAAUGCUAUUCCUGGCGGUUGUCCAAAGAAUAUGAUACGCGGUGGCCUACGCCUGAGAACAGAAGGAUGAGAUGAAAGGGCCGAUUGUAUUUCGCCAUUGUGCCUCCUAGGGAUAAAGUACAG